UCUGUGUAUCUCUGUUCCUUACUCUCUCACAGUUUCUGUCUAAGCCUUGCAACCUCUCUCUCACUCUUACUCUUUCUUUCUCCCUCCCACUCUCUUACUGUCUCUGUGUACGUGUCUGCUCACUCUCUCUCCUUCACUCUCUCAUACCAGCUGGUGAUUUUGGGACCGUCUGCCACAUGACUGAGUGAAGAGGCUGAGUUAAAAAAGAUAUUCUCAAAAUUGUUCCAAAAUGUCUUCUUUCGGCCAAGAAGGAGAGUUUUACUCAUCCAACUACUAUGAAAACCAAAGUUCUGGAUAUAACAUGGACACUCAAGGCUUUGGCCAGGAUCCUCAGUUCGGUCAGUUUGUCUACAGCCAGACCACCACCACAGAAUACAUCACGACCAACAGUCAAGAUCCCUAUUUUGGUUCUAUUAUGACACCGGAACCGACCGUGUACCAGACUACAGCACCAGACAGUUUUGAGGAUGAGCCACCACUAAUGGAAGAACUGGGCAUUAACUUUGACCACAUCACACAAAAGACAAUGGCCGUAUUGAACCCGUUACAAGAUGCUGACCACAACAUAAUGAAGGACACUGAUCUGGCUGGACCUUUAGUAUUCUGCGUUGCUUUCGGUGCUGCUUUGAUGCUGUCUGGCAAACUGCAUUUCGGUUACAUCUAUGGAAUCGGCGUUGUCGGGUGUCUGGCCAUGUAUGGUCUGUUGAACUUAAUGAGUAUCACUGGGGUUUCGUCUGGAUGUACAAUAAGUGUGUUAGGCUAUUGUCUAUUACCAAUGGUGAUCCUAUCAUCCAUAUCUAUCAUGAUCUCUUUGAAGGGAGCCCUUGGUAUAUUCCUAACUGUCAUGGCAGUUUUCUGGUGUAGUUUCUCGGCCUCAAAGCUGUUUGUCUCUGCCCUAGCAAUGGAUCACCAGCAGCUCCUUGUUGCCUAUCCAUGUGCUCUAGUCUACGGAGUAUUUGCCCUUCUCACAGUAUUUUAAUCUAAAGUUCCUGGACAUUUUGGUACCUGUUUUGAUUAGAUCCCAUCUCUCACUCUGCUCCCUGCCUUGCACUCUUCCCUGAAGCCUCAUCUAAAGUUUUAACCUUGCAAUUCUAACCCUUUUCUCUGCUGCUAUCUGAAGUGCAAACCGUUUGGAUAUGAAUCUGUCUGUAUAUUCAACAAGAGCUGGUUUAUUUCUGUUUCUGGAUUGAAGCAUGAGGCCCUGCAUUUAGACUGAAGAGAGGCCAUAACAAUGCACUGUGCUCUUACCAGGGGUCUCAAAAGAAGGACUAUUAUUCAAAGCUUAUUUAAAGACUCUCAUUCCAUUCAAUGGUUUCUUUUCUGUUGAAAUGGUGAACAAACUUUCCUGACUUCAACUGAACUUCAACCAGAUAUUUCAUGUCAAAUAACUUUCUCACAAACUUUUUUCUUUCAUUAAAAUGAAACUAGU